AUGUCGAGUUUUCGUACGAGCAGAGGCUGCUCGACGAAAGAUUUUAACGGAGUAGUCAAUUAUGGAUUUGGGGUGAGCAAAGUGAUUGGCCAGUAUAAGGUGGGUCCUAGAAUGGUUCGUGACGUUUUUCGGCUCGCGAAAAAAAAUUCACCUGCGAUAGUUUUCAUCGACGAGGUAGAUGCAAUUGCUACCGCCAGGUUUGAUGCUCAAAGGGUAGCCGAUCGGGAAGUCCAACGAAUUCUCUUGGAAUUGUUGAAUCAGAUGGAUGGAUUUGACCAGACGGUUAAUGUGAAGGUUAUAAUGGCAACAAAUCGGGCCGACACGUUAGAUCCUGCGCUUCUUCGUCCAGGUAGACUUGAUGGUAGAAUCGAGUUCCCUUUGCCAGACAGAAGGCAAAAAAGGCUCGUUUUUCAGGUUUGCACUGCGAAAAUGAAUCUAAGUGAUGAGGUGGAUUUAGAGGAUUAUGUGUCUCGACCGGAUAAAAUUAGCGCGGCUGAGAUAUCAGGUAUAUGCCAAGAAGCAGGGAUGCGUGCAGCAAGAAAGAAUCGGAAAACCGCGGCCCCACACAAUGUGGCCCCACUCUUUCUCACCGUAGUUCUUCUGCCUCUAUCCUACGCCGACUUGAGCUCAGAAACCCAAGCCCUCCUCGCAUUCUCAACCGCCACCCCUCACGGCAGAAAGCUCAACUGGAGCCCCGCAUUGCCCGUUUGUACAUCCUGGAUCGGAAUCAACUGCAGCACCGACGGUACCACCGUCGUCGGCCUCCGCCUCCCGGGGGUCGGUCUCACCGGCCCAAUUCCCCAAAAUACCCUCGGAAAGCUAACCUCCCUAAAAGUCCUCAGCCUCCGAUCGAACCGCCUCAGCGGCAGUCUGCCGCCGGACAUCCUCUCCCUCCCUUCCCUCAACUACCUCUUCCUCCAGAACAACAACUUCUCCGGCGACAUUCCGGCAUCACUCUCCCCUCAGCUCAACGUGUUGGACCUCUCGUUUAAUUCGUUGACCGGAGCUAUCCCGUUGACUUUCCGGAACCUGACUCAGCUGGCGGCACUUAUCCUUCAAAACAAUUCGCUCACCGGAGCAAUUCCCGAUCUUGGUAUAACCCGUCUUAGACGUUUCAACGUGAGCUACAACCGUUUCAACGGAACCAUACCUACUUCCCUUCGGAGGUUUCCGGAUUCUUCGUUCCUCGGGAACUUCUUAUGUGGGCCCCCCUUGAGCCCUUGUUCCCGUAUCCUACCGCCUUCGCCUUCCCCUACUUCGUCUCUUCCUCAUCCGAAUAAACAAAGCUCGACGAAGAAACUCCCGAUCGGAGCUAUAAUCGCCAUUGCAGUGGGAGGGGCAUUAUUGGUAUUACUCGCCGCCCUAAUUUUAUUCUUUUGCUGCAUUAAGAGAAAGAAGAGCGACAAUGAAGCCACGCCGAAGGUCAAAUCUUCGGUCGUGGGCCGGACCGAGAAGCCCGGUGAGGAAUUCGGGAGUGGCGUGCAAGAACCGGAGAAGAACAAGUUGGUUUUCUUCGAGGGUUGUUCGUACAACUUCGAUCUAGAGGAUUUGUUGAGGGCUUCGGCGGAAGUUCUUGGGAAGGGUAGUUUCGGAACGGCGUACAAGGCGGUGUUGGAGGAGUCGACUACGGUUGUUGUGAAGAGGUUGAAAGAGGUGGUUGUGGGGAAGAGAGAUUUCGAGCAGCAAAUGGACGUGGUCGGGAGAGUCGGGCAGCAUCCGAAUAUUGUGCCUUUACGAGCUUAUUAUUACUCCAAGGACGAGAAGCUUCUCGUUUACGAUUACUAUCCGAGCGGAAGCUUGGCUAGCGUAAUGCAUGGAAACAAGAAUGCCGGACGAACGCCGCUCGAUUGGGAGUCGAGAGUCAAAAUAUCACUCGGAGCCGCAAAAGGCAUCGCGCACGCCCAUUCGGCCGGCGGCGCCAAAUUCACUCACGGAAACAUCAAAUCAUCAAACGUUCUACUAAACCAAGACCUCGAAGGCUGCGUCUCGGAUUUCGGGCUGGCCCCACUAAUGAACCACCCCGCUACCACAUCGCGCAGCGCGGGCUACCGGGCCCCGGAGGUGGUGGAGACCCGAAAGCACACCCACAAGUCCGACGUGUACAGCUUCGGCGUCAUCCUCCUCGAGAUGCUCACCGGGAAGCAGCCGACGUCGUCUCCGGCAAGGGAUGACAUCAUCGACCUGCCGAGGUGGGUCCAGUCGGUCGUCCGGGAGGAGUGGACCGCCGAGGUGUUCGAUGUGGAGCUGAUGAGGUUUCAGAAUAUCGAAGAGGAAAUGGUGCAGAUGCUGCAAAUCGCAAUGGCGUGUGUCGCGAAGGCGCCCGAUAUGCGGCCGAAUAUGGAUGAAGUGGUUAGAAUGAUCGAAGAGGUGAGGCAAUCUGACUCGGAGAACCGGCCUUCUUCGGACGAGAACAAAUCCAAGGACUCGAAUGUGCAAACCCCUUGAUAUGAUUUUUAAUUUAUUUCGGAAAAGAUUAAUGUUUCAUCUGAUUUUUUUUUUUUGGAGUAAUUAAGAAAGUUUAGUCUGAUUUUUAAGAAACUGUAUUUGAUUUUUACAUGAAUUUAUUAGGUGUGUGUAGUAUUUGUAGUGUUUUGUGAUUUUCUUGUCAAAUUUGAAAUGUCUUGUUUCUUUGUGUUUCUUUGCCUAUUUGAGGAUGAGAUGAAAACCCAUAAAUUAUGAUUU